GCGUCCCGGCCCUCCUCACGCCUGACUCUCCGCCGCUGCCGCCGGCCGGCCAAUGGGCGCCGCGCCGGGGGUUACGCCGCGGCCAAUGGGCGGGCGCGCUUGAGGAGCCGGCGGGCGCGGCGCUUGUUAUUGCUGCCGGCGGCGCCGAGGUUGCUCGCCGAGAGCUGUGGAGGAAGGGUGACGGUGAUGGUCUGUGUCUGAGCAAUGGCAACGAACGACAGCGUGAACAUCUUGAACUCUGCCUAUCUGGCGGUGGAAUACAUAGACUCCUUCCUGCCCGACAACCCCCUGCAGCAGCCGUUCAAAAAUGCUUGGAACUACAUGCUGGACAACUACACCAAGUUCCAGAUUGCGACCUGGGGGUCGCUUAUAGUUCACGAAGCUUCGUACUUCUUGCUCUGCGUGCCCGGAUUUGUCUUUCAGUUUAUACCGUACAUGCAAAAGUAUAAAAUUCAACAGGAUAAACCAGAAACAUGGGAAAAACAGUGGAAGUGUUUCAAAACGCUCCUCUUCAAUCACUUUUUCAUUCAACUUCCUCUAAUUUGUGGCACCUAUUACUUCACAGAGUAUUUUAACAUCCCAUAUGAGUGGGAACAAAUGCCUAGAUGGUACGUUCUGCUUGCCCAGUGUUUCGGAUGUGCGGUGAUUGAGGACGCCUGGCACUACUUCCUGCAUAGAUUGCUGCAUCACAAGAGAAUAUACAAGUACAUCCAUAAGGUUCAUCAUGAGUUUGUAUCUCCUUUUGGAAUGCAAGCAGAAUAUGCACAUCCUCUGGAAACGCUUAUCCUCGGAACUGGCUUUUUCAUUGGAAUCGUUGUUUUCUGCAACCAUGUGAUUCUUCUCUGGGCAUGGGUAAUAUGCCGCUUGAUGGAAACCAUUGAUGUACACAGUGGCUAUGAUGUUCCACUGAACCCUCUCCAUUUGGUGCCUUUCUAUGCUGGGGCCCGUUUUCAUGAUUUCCAUCACAUGAACUUUAUCGGCAAUUAUGCUUCAACCUUCACGUGGUGGGACAGAAUCUUUGGCACAGACUCUCAAUUCAUUGCCUAUAAAGAAAAAGAGAAGAAGCAGCAGCUCAUGACGAAGAAGGCUAACUAAAAAUCCAGUGUAAAAAUUCUGAUGCUAAUACUGGUAGUCAACUUUUGCUUUUCUUUAAAGCAAAAUAGUGAUCGGGUAUUAAGCAGAAAUCAUGUUCCUUGGCUACUAAGUGGUAGGGAAAAAAAAGCUAAUUAAACUGCAGUAUCUUCCUAAUGGGAAUGCUUUCUAUUUUAUAUGUAAGUACUGCAUAUAUUUUAACUACAGAUUUAAAGAAGAUGCAAAAAAACUGAGAUGACUCUUGUCUGUCCGUUUUUUUGGCAAAAAUUACUCAGUUUCAUCUUUAACGUUGCCCACUUUGGUUCCAGGUAGAACUGUACACGUACUCUGAAAUUGAACUUAAUUUUUUAAAAUAUAGAUACUUACAUUUGUAAUAUCAAAUAGAACAUUAACUGGUAUCAGCACUGUAUUAUUUAAAUAUUGGGUCCAAUUUGCUUUAAACCAAAACAUCUGUUAAUAAGCUUGGACAGGCCGUUUGCACACUGGAUAAUGCGAACUGUAUAUACGAGAAUACCUAUCAAGACGUGAGUUAGCAGACAUUCCUGAUCUAGACUUACUUUUUUUUUUUUUUUAGAUUACAAAUAAAGAGAAUACAAGUUUUUGUUUUGAACAAACUGUUUUUGCUGCUCUCUGAAGUUGCUGUCAGUGUACUUAGCAUUUACAUUACAUUCUUUUGUGUUGUAAUUUGCUGAACUGACUUGUUGCUAUAUUUGCACUUGUGACUGAUGAAAUAAAUGUGGUUUGGUUUGAUA